AUGCUUACACUUACAAUAUUCGAAAAUAAUUUGACAUUAUUAAUUGGAAUACGAUUAUUGAUUGAGACAUUUGCUGCUGGAUAUUUUUAUCUGUAAUGUAAUGAUUCAGCUGGUGAGCCAAUCUAAGAAUUAUAAUAAGAUUAUGAAAUGGCUGAUAUGUCAUUUUCAAGUUCAAAAGGAGAUAAUGGAUAAUUUGAAUCUUAAACACCUGAUAGAAAUGAAUGUUAAGAAUGUAAAAUUGUUUAAUCUUACAGAACAAAACAUUGUUCUAAGUGUUAGAAAUGUAUACCUAAAUAUGAUCAUCAUUGUUUUUGGAUUGGGGGAUGUGUAGGUGAAUUAAAUCAUAGAAUGUAUUGGUUAUUUCUUUUUUUCUAAUGUUCUCUUUGUUUUGAUGGAUUAAUUUAAUUUUAGAAUUAAUUUGUAUUCUAUUCAAUUUAUGAUGAAGAAUAUGGAUACGAUUAAUACAAAUAUUAAUAUUUCAUAAUUUUGAUAAUGGCAGCAACAUCAUUUGCUUUCGGAUUAUUUACAGGAACUUUGCUUAUUUAUCAUACUAUAUUGAUAUUGACUGGUAAGACUACUUGGGAAUAAACAAAAAGAGAUAAGAUUUCAUAUCUAAUUUUUUAUCCAAAGUAUUAUCACCCUUACAAUUAUGGUUUAAUAGAGAAUAUAAAAUAAACAUUUUUUCAUAAAGAUAUUUUAUCACAUUGGAUACCACCACAAAAAGAUUAAAUUAAAGAAUAAUGCAAUAUAUUUGAUAACAAAUAUUACUCUUGUUGUUGA